UGUAAUCUGGACCUCGUGAUCGUCACCACACAACGUUUACAUCGCGCUAAAGCACAUCAGCGGGCUUUGACAGCAAUCUAACAGCAAAAGCACCCCUUCACUGCAGAUCCACACACACCGAGGAGGCGACCAUGAGCCCUUGGCUAUGAGACAUCAGGAGCCAUGGCGGCUUGGCACCGGAUAACUGCCUUUUCUUCGCUGCUCCAAGUCGGUUUGUUAUUGUUGCUGUUGUCGGCUGGGAGCAGCGGGAGACCGUUGGAGAAAUGUAUCGGCCACAGGUCUUGUCAGCCCCCGAGACCUCCUGUGGUUCUAAUUCCAGGGGAUCUGGGAAACCAGUUGGAGGCGAAGCUGGAUAAACCCAGUGUGGUCCAUUACAUCUGCUACAAGAAGACGGACUCCUUCUUCACUCUGUGGCUCAACCUGGAGCUGCUGGUCCCUGUAGCCAUAGACUGUUGGAUCGACAACAUAAGGCUGAUCUACAACAGGACCACACAUGCCACCUCGUCCCCCCCGGGUGUGGACAUCCGUGUCCCAGGGUUCGGACAGACGUAUUCACUGGAGUAUCUGGACCCCAGUAAACGCAGCGUGGGCAUGUAUUUCUUUACUAUAGUGCAGGCACUGGUGGAGUGGGGCUACACCAGAGAUGACGAUGUCAGAGGAGCUCCCUAUGAUUGGAGAAAAGCCCCCAAUGAGAAUAAAGAGUAUUUCCUGGCGCUGCAGCAGAUGAUUGAAGAGAUGGCAGAGAAGGCCGGUGGGCCUGUGGUGCUCAUCGCUCACAGCAUGGGCAACAUGUACACCUUGUACUUCCUCAACCAGCAGCCACAGGCCUGGAAGGACAGAUACAUCAAAGCUUUCGUCUCUUUGGGACCACCGUGGGCGGGGGUCGCCAAGACCCUCCGCGUGCUCACCUCUGGUGAUAACAACCGGAUCCCAGUGAUCAGCCCCUUGAAGAUUCGCUCCCAGCAACGCUCUGCUGUCUCCACCUCCUGGCUGCUCCCUUAUGCCCACUCCUGGCCCAAAGAUAAGGUCUUGGUGCAGACGCCUACCGCCAACUACACUGUGCAGGACUACAAGCGCCUCUACUCGGACAUUGGUUUUGAAGACGGCUGGCUGAUGCGACAGGACACGGAGCCGCUGGUGACCGACCUCACGCCCCCCGGCGUGGCCGUCCACUGCUUGUACGGCAGCGGCAUCCCCACCUCGGAAGCCUUCCAGUACUCCGACAAGUUCCCCGACGUGGAGCCCACCGUGGUGUACGGAGACGGCGACGGGACCGUGAACCUGCAGAGCGCCGUGCAGUGCAGGCGGUGGGUAGGAAAGCAGAAACAGCCGGUGAUGUUUAAAGAGCUUCCAGGGAACGAACACGUGAACAUGUUGCUGAACUUCACGACCGUGGCUUACAUCAAGACUGUGCUGUUCUCCCCGUGAUGCUGGCAGAAAGUGAUGGACUGAUGGCUUUAAUCUCACACAUACAUACACACACACACACACACAAUGAAGGAUGGGACAGGCAGGGACUGACUCAUCUUACCUGUCUCUCUGAACAUUGACUGCCAAAAUAUUCCCGUAUACACGCCACACUGCUUCAGAAAAAUCGACAUUUUGAAGAACAAUUGUUGAAUCAAAGUUUUAAAGUGAAUUUUAUAGCUCUAAUUAUACUUAAUGUCAGGAUGUUUACUGUUUAAACCUAAAUACAGUGACUUUUAUAAUGGUCCCAGCUUUCAAAGAACCCAAGGUUUUACCUACUAAAUUCAUGUUAUGAUACAGAACCUGUGUGUGUACAAGUCAAAAACCAGGGAUGUCUUGUAUAUGUUUAAUUAAUCAACGUCAGACCUUUUUAUUACUGUUGUGAAAGAGAUUUCUGAACUCCUUUGACUCUAAUGUUGUUUGGCUAGAUGUUAAGCACAUGAUGCACUCGUAUCUUUCUCAGUGCGACAGGUCACAUGGUAGUGUUUGGUAUAUGCUCAAGUAACCCAGCAGACUUUAACCAAAACAACUUGUUAAAUUUUUCUGUCACAUGAUCUCAUUUGAGCCCAAGUUCUCUUUUUGAAUGCAGCCAAGCUGUUGAAGGACUUUGGUUUUAUUGUGUUGUCCAUAUCACAUGAGUCAGGUGCUGAGGGACUGGAACCAACCUGCGGAUCUGGAAGCUGAUUUUAGUCAUGUGGAAGCCACUCAACGGUCAAAGGAAAGGGGUUUUCAACAGCUUAACAAAACUGUUGCUCUAUUCAUUGAUGAAGACCUUUUUUUGUCGAACUGUAUUGUUUGGAAAAAUCUUAACUCAAGGUCCAGUUACUAGCUUUUCCCAGGGCUUUCAGCAGCAUCUCAUGGUCUUCAUCAAUGAAUAGAUUUUUUCCUGUCCAAAGUCCAGACCAAACUUCCAUGCUGAGGCUCUGUGAUAACAGUAGCUGAUGAAGGUCAUGGAGGUAAAAGCACUGGCAAAUCCAGUAAGUGGACCAUUCAGUGUUCAUUUGGUCAAACUUUGGUUUCUGAGGUUGAGAUUUAAAACAAAGUCAUUGUAAAUUCUGCUCCUGAUUGUUUGCUGCAUCAAAAAUCAGCCAAAUGAUGUUUUUCUGACAGUUGGAAUCAGUGUUUUAGCAUUAAUGUUGUAAAAGUAAAUUACCUGCAGUCUUUAGCUCUUUCCCUUCACUGUCCAUGUCUACACAGUACAUUUCCAUGGUUCCAUAUAUAUUUUUUGCCCAAGUAUGGCUGGAGCCAGGCGACAGGGACUUUUGUUGUUUUAUGAUAUAAAUCAGAUUUUUUUCUUGACUGUUUAUUAUUUGUUCUAUCCUUGAGAAGUUCUGAGUGCAGAGUUUCAAACCUCACUUCCUGUCCUUGUAGACAUGUAGGCAGAAUCUCUCUGACAUGAGUGAUUGUAUCGUGCCAUUAAGCCCUCUCUGGGCCACGCCAAGAUGAUAUGCUCAUAUCUGCUGUGAACUAUCAUAAAUGUGUGUGUUUUAAACAUGUCGCCUUCUACAGAGUAAAUAUUUCAAAUAUUCA